AUGACUCCCAAAUGGGCGGCGAAAGCGAGUGUGUUUGGAAGAGAUUCGUUGGAAGAAAAGGUGUUUGGUGGUUUAGUGAGAAAUGACGUUGGUCAGCCGAUGCUGACUGAAAUUCCCAUGAGUACGGAUUUUGUUUUCGCACUCACUGUUUCCCCACUGAGUGAGUGCUUGGCCGAUCUCUCUAGGGUUCGAAAUCGCUCUGAUGCCAAUCAAGCCUUUCAUCAAUCCAAGAAGAAGAAAGAACCAAUACACGAAUUAUUAGACGAGUGGGCGGCAGAGAUCAACAGACUGGAGAUGUUUGCUGUGGAAGAGCUGAGAACUAUGUAUGCUCGAGGGAACCACUACACGGAUGGAAGGAAAAAUAUUAACGAAUAUAGCCUCGAAUUCAACGAUGAAACUAAUGUUGAAGGAACAGCUUUGAUCCCGGAGAUGAUGAUGAUGUUGGAGGACAAAAAUAUUAGCGAGAACAGCUUUGAGUUCGGCGAUGAAACUGAUGUUGGAGAUACUUGGAUUUCUAGUGACUACCCAGGAUUCUUCUAUUUCCUUCUCGCUCUGAUCUUAGCCUCCUUGUCCACGUACGACUUAACCAUGACCUACAAUCUUUCGAUGCGUUGCGUUCGUUUUCGCUCCUUAAGGUAA